GGAACGAGAGUUCACGAGUCGCGAUUUAAACUGAUCAUCAAGUCCGUUUACUGGGUCAUUUCGAGCCUUAUCUUCCACUCUAGAAGCUGUGGUGUAUCCCGCUGCACCUGUUUUCAUCCUGUUUGCCUACCGUCCGUUCGCCAAGCCACUCCUUACCUCCACGUCAACAUUGCUCAUUUCCUAAGCAAAGUGUUUCUGUGGCCUCAGUGGAUCCUGUCAGAGUUUGACAAGCUGGUGAGUGUCUGCUGCUUUGGGUCCCAAAAAUGGUUGUGUCUUAGGUGUGGCUGCCGUCCCUCCCUAAUGCCAGUUUCUCCAGGCUAUGCACUUCUUAACCAUAAUGAGUCUAUGAACUCUCUGCGCAUCUCUGUUGGAGGGCUCCCGAUGCUGGCUUCCAUGACCAACACCACAGACCCCCGCUUCCGCAUCAAAUGGAGAGCCAUUGUGGUGGUAGCAUCAGCGCUAACCCUCGUCCUCCUCAUCUACAUGCAGCUUUUGCCCUUUCACCCCCAUCCUAGAUAUGGCUCAAAGUUAAACCAUCAUGAGGUGAGAGCAGAGGAUCGCUACAAUGACACGUACCCCCUCAGUCCACCAGAGCGCACAGCCCAGGGCACGCGCUACCGGAUAGGGGUCAUUGCCGACCUGGACACAAACUCGCUCAGUGACAAGAAGCUGACCUGGUUUAGCUACAUGCUAAAGGGUCACCUCCUGGUGUCGGAGAGUGGAGAUACGGUGGCUGUCGAAUGGGAUCAGGAAAGGGUGGUCUUGGAAAGCCACCUGGCAGAGAAGGGUCGGGGCAUGGAGCUCUCCGAAUUAGUGGUGUUUAAUGGCAAACUGUACAGCGUGGAUGAUCGUACGGGUGUAGUAUAUAACAUUGAAGGACUUAAGGCGGUGCCCUGGGUUAUACUUCCAGAUGGGGAUGGCUAUGUUUCAAAAGGGUUUAAGGCAGAGUGGCUUGCAGUAAAGGACGAGCAUCUGUAUGUGGGAGGUUUGGGGAAGGAGUGGACCACCACCGAUGGAGAAGUGCUGAAUGAAAAUCCCGAGUGGGUCAAAGUGGUGGGAAUCCACGGAGAUGUACAGCACCACAACUGGGUUCCUAAGUACAACUCUCUCCGCAGAGCUGCUGGCAUCAGUCCGCCCGGGUACCUCAUACACGAGUCUGCAGCCUGGAGCGACACAUUGCAGCGCUGGUUCUUCUUGCCGAGGCGUGCCAGCAGCGAGCGCUACGACGAGACGGCAGAUGAGCGUCGCGGCACCAACCUAAUGCUCAGCUGCUCCCCAGACUUCCAGGACAUUAAAGUGAGAAACGUUGGCCCCCUGAACCCUACACACGGCUUUUCGUCCUUCAAGUUUGUCCCCAACACAGACGACCAGAUUAUUGUUGCCUUGAAGUCUGAGGAGGAUGCUGGGAAAAUUGCCUCUUACAUUGUGGCAUUCACCUUGGAUGGCCGAAUCUUGCUUCCUGAAACUAAGAUUGGAGAUGUGAAGUAUGAAGGACUCGAAUUCAUUUAGUGUGAAAGGGAUUAUCUGGAAGUAAAUACGUGCCAAGUACUGGUAAAUACCUUUUGUCUAGAUGAUGGACAUCUAGAUUGGUUGAAAUAGUUCAGUGGCGUUCGAAUAAUGCCAACUAACUAUUGGCAGACAUUAAAAUGUGGUUGUGGUUAUAGAGGAGACUGAAGAAAUUAGGACAUGUUGACUCUUUAAUUGUUUUGAGAGACCUUUCUGAGCCUUCAUCAAGAGUUUUUUCUUUCUUUGGGGUUUUUUUCACUACCAUUUUCAGCAACGACCUAUAGUGGUUUCACGCCAGUACUGUACUUACAGUGUAAUGAAUGUAACUGAAUGACGUGAUAGACUAUAGUGUAUGUAUAAAACAGUUUACUCCACACACAUUAUUGGUGGUAGCCAUGUGGUAUUGUGAAUGGGUUUUUUUUAAUGGUGCACUGUUUUUUUUUUUUUACUUUAUUGAUCAAUAUGUUAAUAAUUUCAGCUACUUUAAAAAACAAACUAAUCCAUCACAAUUUAAUUAUGAAUGUUCUUUUUCAUUAAUACGCCACAGCUAUUUA